AGUUUUCCCCAGUCUAACUAAAGAGAAAUAUUCUACAUCGGAAUAAAAGUCAACUACAGUUUACAAAGCUACACUGAAUGAUCUGCUUCAUCAAGACAUUGACCCAUCAACUGAUUACCAUAGCAACCUGUAGAUAUUUGGAAGGGUCUACUUUCUUCUCUUUCUUGUAUUAAAGCCAACGCUCAAGAUAACACUCAUUGUAUGGUGAAACUUAUUGCUUACUAUUGCACUUUAAUCAAACAAAAAUGAAAGUGUCUGCUCCAAAACAACAUUGCUUCAGUGCAGAAAAACACAGAGCUUCUAGACCUUUGGAUUACAUUUAUGAUCCUCUAUUCACAUUUUCCGGACCUAAAGAUUAUUACAGAGCUGCACAUGAAUCGCUACAGUCUUCAUCUGAAUUUAGUGUUCAGCCCAUAUUUGACUCCAUGUUCAGUGACAUGGUCAGGUUUCCUAGAGCCACCCUAGUACUUCGCCCAUCACACAAACUUCCCCUCAAUGUGGACACCUCGUAUAGAGGCAAGGUCAAAGCCAUUUCUCAGGAGAGAACAAUCACAGCUGAAGUUACAGGGACUGACCGUUACAAGUACUUCCGAAGGCCAGUGACAGAAGCCAAAGAUGGAGCUCCGAGUGAAGUAACUUCAAGGUUCCCCCUCCUGGGGUUUGAUAAUAUUGCAUCACUUGGGCUUUUAGCUCCUCCAACUACAGCGCAGAAACCACCCACCAGAUGUGCCGCUACGCAGAUACGAGCGACACAGACUGAUUAUCGUGAGAGUGAAGCACAGACUGUCCCAUGGACUCCCCCAUACACCACCCGCGGGGCCUCUACACCUGAAGUACUUUACCUGGACCAGCUAUCCUGGGGCAAGGGGUUACCACCAGGUAGACAUGAAGUAGAGAUCGUAGACAGACUGAGACGCAAGAGAGCCUGGGAGUCUCGACUGCCUCCACUAGACUGUCCUGACAACAUCAACAUCCGGUUCAAACUGAUCGCUGAGAUGGAGAAAAGUGAUUGGCAGUUUAGAGAGAAGGAGAUCGAAGCUGUUCACGAGGAGAGGAUGAAGAAGUCGGAGCAGUUGUUGGAGGAACACAACUUGAUGAACAGAUCUCGCCUCAGCUGUCGUCUGGAGUAUCUGGAGGAAGACAUCAACAGAAGGAAGGAACAUAAGCUGCAACUCAUCAGACAUGAGAAGGAGAGAGCUCUGAGAAAAUUGUGUAUGAAGGAAAAAGGUUACGACCCAAGGAAGAACAAGAUGAGUGUGUUGGACGAACAUUUCCGGCUUACUUCUGAACUGAACCCUUCAAAGAGAUAUGGAGUCAACCUCAGAGACAGACACAAGGAGAUUAACAUUGAUGGAGAUGUCUGUGACUUGGCGUACACCCCGACCAGCAGACCUGUGUUUGACUUUCAUAAAGCUUCUCAACCGAAGAAACAAACAGAGCUUUGUGUCCGGGAAACACGGUGGACAAUGGACAACUUGGUCAAACUACAUCAGGACUUGCAGAAACUACGAGCCAGGUCAUCCAAAGCGGAGACAUUCUUUGCUCAAGUUGAACAUCGACCUAAGUCUUCCGCUCGUCCAGAAACUCAGCAUCUGCCGAGCUCUCAACCACCGAUGACAGACGAGUCAUUGUACCAGGCGGCCAUCUUGAUACAAAGAGUUGUCCACAGUCGAUCUAUGCAGGCGCUGAUGCAGCACAAACGACAUUUCUGGAAGGAGUUGAUGCAGGAAAUAAAGACUCCUGGAGCUUGUGAACCUGAAAGGACAGAAUCUGCAGACAAACAUAUCCUUCAGACUAGACUGGCUGGUGUUUUGGAUAACCUUAUUGGUCUGAACGUGGGAACCAGUAUUGGACAGACUUUGUACCUCUUGGCCACUGAAUUGUUAAGGUUCAAGAAUGAAGGUGUCGCACACUCACAGGCGCUACAGGCCGAGGCUGCCAGGUGGCGUAGAGAGCUGCCUGAGGAAGGUAGACGGCAACGAGAGAUGAGGCGGCGUGAGGAACACAACCUCAUGUUCACCCAGUUGUUGGAAGUCUACCAAGAGUCAAUCAACGAUUUCCUGACAGGAUUGGUGACACAGGCUCGAGAGGACGAGGCUAAGUUACAAGCUUACGAGCAUGGCAAAGAAGUGGCUCGUCUUGCUGAACUGGACAGACUGAGACUACUAGAGCCAGUGCCAGAGACGCCGGUGUCAGCUGACUUGUUGUUCCAGCUAAUUGCUCCUGAAGGUCUACGAGAUCUGACUCACACUUGUCUGUUGAUCCUCAAACAAAAGUAUCAAGAGGCUCGGGACACGUUGGUGAGUCUAGGACAGGCCGAUCCUCUACCCGAGGACAACUCUCGGACACCUUUACAAGAGUCUCGGGAGUCAGUGAUGGAGCAAAGGGACAAGUCAGGCAUUGAGGGAGUACUGAGUGAAAUAGUGGUGGAUCAACUGAAAGAGAUGGAAGGGUCAAGAGAAUAUCUUGAGGAGGUACAAGAGUCAACCUCUUCUGGGAUAACUGUCAUGGAACAGACUUCUGAUGGUUUAUCUGAAGUACCUAACUUGGAGUGUCGCAAGUUUGGUCUUCAAGGUGCGUCAGAGUCUGGCAGUGCUGAGGAGAGACUAGUGGCUCGUGUCAUGAGAGACAUGUGCUAUGUAGCCGGGUCACUGUUACAUACAGCUGCUAAGAUACUAAACAGAGCUGUUCAUUUGGCGGGUAUUCCACAAGAGAGUUUUAAUGAGGCAUUGAGAAGAACAACACUUGUAAUCAAUGGAGCACUUCAACAGGUCAUCAGUUUGAUCUUGCCAAAGAAACCUGAGGAAAAGGAACAGCCUGUCUCUGAAGAACUCAUAAGAGAGGCUUCAAAAAUAGUGGAUGCAAUUUUGCAGAAAGCAAAACACCGAAUUUCUGAAAUGAAAGAUGGAGAGGGACAGAAAAUGGCUGCUAACGAUGCAGAAAAUGAAGCCAAAGUUCUUGUUGAAGAUGUAAUAAAUGAAGCCCAGCAAAAAGUACUGCGGAUAGUUGUGGAAGACUUUCUGGCCGAUUUAAUCCAAGAGGCAAAAAUCAAAGUUCAAAUAGUAAAUGAAAGUUAAAAAAUGUUCUAUGUGUGGGGCCUUUUAUUAAAUAUAACCUAAAACUGAAUAAAAUCAAUAUUUAUUUAUUAUACAAUA